UCAUUUUGCUUUACAUCAAUCAAAAAGCAAAACGAAAAUCUAACCCCCUCCCUCCACCCUGUAAAAAAAGGAGAUGCCAUUGUAGCCAUUCACGCCCCACGUCGCCUUCUAUCCCCGUCAUUAGCACGGUCCCAUAUUUUCCUCCCUUUUCUUCACAUUAAUGAAGUCUUUCUUGCUCUCUCUCUAAUAAUUAAGCAUCAUGAAAUCUACCUGUUUUCGUAACUCUUUAAAGAUUCUUUUUCCUUCUCCACCUCAAAUGCAAUCCCUUUAUUAUCGCCCCCUGUCUCUAAGGCUUCAACCAGUCAAAAAAACCCAUUUCUAUGCUACUUCAAGUAUGGACUCUUUGAGCAACGAAGUAGCCCAUGAAUUCCGCUUCUUCCGUGUAUACAAAGAUGGUCGUAUCGAAAAAUUCCAAUCUACCCCCAAAAUCCGUCCGUCCGAUGACCAAAUCACCGGGGUGAGAUCCAAAGACGUGGUGAUUUCAUCCGAACCCGCGAUAUCCGCCCGCAUUUUCCUGCCCAAGAUCCGUGACCCGACCCGGAAACUCCCCGUGUUGUUCUAUUGCCACGGCGGGGGCUUCUGCUUCUUAUCCGCCUUCUCUCCACUAUUGCACAACUAUGUCGGCACUUUGGCAGCUGAGGCUGAAGCCAUUGCUGUCUCGGUCGAGUACAGGCUAGCCCCGGAGCACCCAAUCCCAGCUUGUUACGAGGAUUCUUGGGCUGCGUUCCGAUGGGUGGCGUCCCAUUCUAACAGAAAUGGACCUGAGCAGUGGUUAAACGAUCAUGCUGAUUUUCAGAGAGUUUUCCUUGUUGGCGACAGUGCAGGAGGGAACAUUUCGCAUAACAUGGCUGCUCGGGCCGGGUCGACCCAGAUACCAAAUGUGAAGUUGGUUGGGGCGGUUUUGGUGCACCCGUAUUUUGGGGGCACGGAUGACGACAAAAUGUGGCUGUACAUGUGUCCGGAAAACGGUGGUCUAGAUGAUCCUAGGCUGAAACCGGCUGCAGAGGAUCUGGCUAGGCUUGGGUGUGAGAGGGUGCUGGUGUUUGUGGGUGAGAAGGACCAUUUGAGAGAGGUAGGUUGGCGUUAUUAUGAAGAAUUGAAGAAGAGUGGGUGGGGAGGGAGUGUGGAGAUUGUAGAGAACGAAGGUGAAGAGCAUUGCUUCCAUGUGGAGGACCUCAAGCAGGACAAGGCUGUGGCUCUCGUAAAAAGGUUAGCUUCCUUCAUUAUGGAGGAGUAGGUCCGGUGACCUAAACCGGAGGGUAGGUGGGUUCGUAUGGAGUCUGUCAAGUACUUUUAGCAGUUUAGUCUUCUUCUUUUCUGUCGCUCUUCUUUUUUUUUUUUAAGUAGUAAUAAGAAUUUGUUGAUGCAACGUAAAAGUGAAAGAA